GCGGGCAAACUUCCCAAUUCUAUUCAGCAACGGAAGAAUCCGACUUAAUCGUGUAGAGUUGUGCAACGGUUUUAAGUCGUGAAUUUUUGUAAAAGAAAGCUUAUGUUAAAACAUGAAUGGUGAGUACGACGCGAUUAUUUUAGGAACAGGUCUUAAAGAAUGUAUUUUAAGCGGUUUGCUUGCGUUGAAAGGAAAAAAAGUACUCCAUAUUGAUCGUCAUGAAUACUAUGGCGGUGAAAGUGCGUCUGUCAAUUUAGCUAAACUCUAUGAAAUAGCGAGAAAAAGUGAGAAUUUUCAACAAAUUGGAAAAUUAAGAGACUGGAACAUUGAUUUGGUGCCGAAAUUUAUACUUGCAAACGGUAUUUUGGUGAAACUUCUCGCAUAUACGGGCGUUGCAAAUUAUGUGAAUUUUAAACUAGUUGAAGGAAGUUACGUUUACAAAGGUGGGCAGCUUUACAAAGUUCCUUCGAAUGAGAAGGAGGCGUUGGAAUCAAAUCUUAUGGGAUUCUUUCAAAAACGAAAUUUUCGCACAUUUCUUGAGUUUGUCUCAGCAUUUGAUUUUAAUAAUCCUGCUACUUGGGAUGAUGUGGUACCUUUUUCAACAACAAUGUCAGAUGUUUAUAGUAAGUUUGGUCUCGAUAAAAACACGAUUGAUUUUACUGGUCAUGCUCUAGCAUUGUAUGUGGAUGACAAAUAUGUUGAUCAACCUUGUGGAGAUACUUUAAAACGAAUUAAACUCUAUCGUGAUUCCAUUGCCAAAUAUGGGCGAAGUCCUUACAUAUAUCCAGUGUAUGGUCUGGGUGAAUUACCACAAGGAUUUUCUCGACUAGCAGCCCUUCAUGGUGGUGUCUUCAUGGUGAACAAACCUGUGGAUGACAUUCUCAUAGAAAAUGGUGUUGCUAUUGGUAUAUGCUCUGAUGGUGAAGUUGCAAAAGCCAAGUGUAUUGUGGGUGAUCCGUCAUACUUUCCACAAUAUGUUACACAAGUCGGUAAAGUUGUUCGUUGUAUUUGUGUGCUGUCACAUCCCAUAAAAGGAACUGAUAACUUAUUGUCUUGUCAAAUUAUUUUCCCACAAAAUCAACUCAACAGGAAAUCAGACAUCUACAUAUGCUUCGUGUCAGACACGCAUAAGGUUGCAGCUAAAGGAAAAUACUUGGCUAUGAUCAGUACUAAAGUGGAGACCACAUGCCCUGAAGAUGAGCUUAAGCCCGCAUUGAAUCUUUUGGGAGAGAUAGAUGAAAAAUUUGUAUUUUUGUCUUAUCAAUUUGAGCCAAAGGAAGAUGGUGCUGUUAGUAAGAUAUUUAUAUCCAAGUCCUAUGAUGCAACGACACAUUUUGAAACCACAUGCAAUGACAUCAUUUCAAUUUAUGAAAGAAUUACAGGGGAAACAUUUGACUUGAAUUCUGUGAAACGAGAAUUAAAUGAUGAUGAAUGCUAAAUUUGGAAUUUUAUAUUUUAUGUCUCUAUAUUAUAAAUUUUUGUGUUUAUGUCUUACAAGAAAGCACUUUCAAUAUAAAUCAGUUUCCCAUUACAUUAUUCGCGUUAUGUUGGGAAGUUCUUUCCAAAGUCAAAUCUAAAGCUGAAAUGAACCUUGCCAAUGUCAGAGAAACUUGGCAACUUUGCCCCUCAAAAAAGUAUGUAUCGUAUGUAAUUUAAAUUCAGAAGUAAAGUUUUAUGGUCAAGAAUUAUAUGGCAAGUUAAGACCCAAAAUAAAGCUGUUUGCUUGUAUCAAGAAAAUUUAGCCAUAGACCUAGAAACCAUGUUCUCUAAACAUAUAAUUUCGUGCACCCUAAAUAAAGCGGCAAAUGUAAGUUAUUGCUAUACGUCAUAAAUAAAAUGAAUCAUUGUUCA